UCCAUAUCGACUUGCAAAGAUAAACAUAAAAUAUCUUCCACGAAUUAAGCGAUUUCUUUGGGUAAACACCUUCGCAAAAUGACAGAAAACGUGUUCCUGUUCGUCCCAAAUUUAAUUGGCUAUGGUCGAAUCAUCCUAGCGUUUGUGUCAUUUUACUACAUGGCUGAUAGUCCAGUAACAUUUACAAUAUGUUAUCUGCUCAGUAGUUUUCUGGAUGCCUUUGACGGACAUUUUGCUCGUCUUCUAGGCCAGGCAUCAAAGUUUGGAGCAAUGUUGGACAUGCUUACAGACAGGUGUGCAACAACGUGUCUUAUGGUGAUGUUGAGCGAGUUCUUUCCCUCGUAUCGCGUUGUCUUUCAGUUUCUCAUUUCACUGGACAUCAGCAGUCACUGGUUACAUAUGUACAGCUCGCUGAUAAAAGGCGAUCAAAGUCACAAAACGUCCACAAACUUCUUCCUUCGACUUUACUACACUUCCAGGACUGUUCUGUUCAUCAUGUGUAUGGGAAACGAACUGUUUUUUGUCGCGUUGUACUUCAUUCACUUUUCAUACGGGCCAACAGUUUUUACUGUGAACGACGUUCCAGUUGGUUUGUGGUCAUUAGUUGCCUACGUGAAUUUCCCGAUAUUUUUCCUGAAACAAUUGAUCAGCGUGAUUCACUUGGUGACGGCCUCACAAGACGUUGUUGCUUACGAUGUUGCUGAAAGACGGAAGACUAACAGUUGACUAACCGAUCAAGCAGUUGACGAGUUGUUAAGCUGAUGAACUUGCAAGAAAAAGUUGAAAUUCCACUGCUCCGGUCACUGGACGGCAUGUGCUGAUAUUCAAACAGUGAGAGAAAUUUGUUUUGGGCAACGAACUAAAAACUCUUGAUUUGCAUGAGGUCUUAAAGGUGUUAAUAGCUUUUACGAUCAUUGCAUGUAUUUCCUCUUGUUAUUAUUCUUCGUUGGAUGUUAAUUAAUCUAACAUAAUAGACAGUUAUAUACAAGAAAACAUAUACAGUUUUGUUGGUUUGCAUAUUUUCUCCUGCAUG